ACCAACAUGUCUGACAAAAGUGACUUAAAAGCUGAGCUAGAGCGCAAAAAACAGCGCUUAGCACAGAUAAGAGAAGAGAAGAAACGGAAGGAAGAGGAGAGGAAAAAGAAAGAGGCUGAUAUGCAGCAGAAGAAAGAACCAGUUCAGGAUGACUCUGACCUGGAUCGCAAACGCCGAGAGACAGAGGCUUUGCUGCAAAGCAUUGGGAUAUCGCCGGAGCCCCCUCUAGUCCCAACCCCUAUGUCUCCCUCCUCGAAAUCAGUGAGCACUCCCAGUGAAGCUGGAAGCCAAGACUCAGGCGACCUGGGACCAUUGACAAGGACCCUGCAGUGGGACACAGACCCCUCAGUACUCCAGCUGCAGUCAGACUCAGAACUUGGACGAAGACUGCAUAAGCUGGGUGUGUCGAAGGUUACCCAAGUGGAUUUCCUGCCCAGGGAGGUAGUGUCCUACUCCAAGGAGACCCAGACUCCUCUGGCUACACAUCAAUCUGAAGAGGAUGAGGAUGAUGAGGAAAUGGUAGAACCUAAAGUUGGCCAGGAUUCAGAACUGGAAAAUCAAGACAAAAAACAGGAGGUGAAGGAAGCUCCUCCAAGGGAGCUGACAGAGGAAGAAAAACAGCAGAUCCUUCACUCAGAGGAAUUUCUCAUCUUUUUUGAUCGGACAAUACGGGUAAUUGAAAGAGCGCUGGCAGAAGACUCCGAUAUCUUCUUUGACUAUAGUGGUCGAGAGUUAGAGGAAAAAGAUGGGGAUGUCCAGGCUGGAGCCAACCUUUCUUUCAAUCGUCAGUUCUACGAUGAGCAUUGGUCCAAGCACCGAGUAGUGACUUGUAUGGACUGGUCUCUCCAGUACCCCGAGCUGAUGGUCGCUUCCUACAACAACAACGAAGAUGCUCCCCAUGAACCAGAUGGAGUGGCCUUGGUUUGGAACAUGAAGUUUAAGAAAACCACACCAGAAUACGUCUUCCACUGUCAGUCCUCUGUGAUGUCAGUCUGCUUUGCUCGUUUCCAUCCCAAUUUGGUAGUUGGUGGGACUUACUCGGGCCAGAUUGUCCUGUGGGAUAAUCGCAGUCAUCGGAGGACGCCAGUCCAGCGGACACCCUUGUCGGCUGCUGCGCACACACAUCCCGUGUACUGUGUAAAUGUUGUUGGGACCCAGAAUGCUCAUAACCUCAUCACUGUCUCUACCGAUGGUAAAAUGUGUUCCUGGAGCCUGGACAUGCUCUCCACUCCACAGGAGAGCAUGGAGCUGGUGUACAAUAAGUCCAAGCCUGUGGCUGUUACCGGAAUGGCUUUCCCAACGGGAGACGUCAAUAACUUCGUGGUUGGCAGCGAGGAGGGUACAGUCUACACGGCCUGUCGUCAUGGAAGCAAAGCAGGUAUUGGGGAAGUCUUCGAAGGCCACCAAGGGCCAGUGACAGGAAUUAACUGCCACAUGGCAGUGGGCCCAAUCGACUUUUCACACCUGUUUGUCACGUCGUCGUUCGACUGGACCGUCAAACUGUGGACCACAAAGCACAACAAGCCGCUCUACUCCUUUGAAGACAAUGCAGACUAUGUGUACGAUGUCAUGUGGUCCCCCGUGCAUCCCGCGCUCUUUGCCUGCGUGGACGGGAUGGGGCGCUUGGACCUCUGGAACCUCAACAAUGACACAGAGGUUCCAACAGCAAGUGUGGCCAUUGAGGGGGCAUCCGCCCUAAACCGUGUUCGUUGGGCUCAAGGUGGCAAAGAAGUUGCCGUUGGGGACUCAGAAGGCCGUAUUUGGAUCUAUGACGUCGGAGAGCUUGCAGUUCCCCACAAUGAUGAGUGGACCCGAUUUGCCAGGACGCUCGUGGAGAUUCGUGCGAACAGAGCUGACAGCGAGGAGGAAGGCACCGUUGAGUUAUCUGCCUAGUGGAAAUGAGCCGUCCCCACCUUGACGUUCUAGAGCUCGGCAUCUGCAGUCAUCAAGUCCGCUGUAUUCAGUGUCCAUUCAGUAUCAGUAUUGCCGUGACCGUUUAGGUGCCAUGUUGUGCCAGCUUUGCUCCAAGUAUUCCAGAUGUAUACUGUCCAUGACCUGACAUUCACCAGAGCAUUUCUGUCUUUAUAUUUCUGUCUCAAAAGUGGGGAUGGGGAGGUAGGAGCCUUUUUGCGUUGAGUUCUUGCCUUUUAACUACUUAGUAGCUGUAUUUAAUAGCUGGAAACCUCUGGCUAAAUUUGUGCUUACACGCACUUCUGGCAUAGUCCUAUUAAAUCCAUAUGAAGCCAGAUAUGAUUAGGUGCAGAUGUGGUGUCAUGCUAUGGUACAGGGCCAAAGACUUGAGAUGUGGCGUUUUACACGGUGACUCACAUUAUGAAUGGAUUUACUAGAAGAACAUUGCUGCUCCUUAUUUAUUGUGGUGUGCUGCAUGGAACAUAUUUAUUUGAAAGCAUUAAAAUAAACGAUCCUAGAGCAUGUGCAUAAUGAGAGGACUGCAUUGUCUCUCUGUUGCUGUUGAGGUUACAUUAAGUUCCAAAUAACAAUUACAGUAUGCCGGUUCCACUGAGGACAUGAAAUCUUUAGAGGUUUGUUGCAGUGAAUGGAAUGAAUUUUAAUGCCUAUUAUUUCUAGGUACUUUAACAAUAUUUCAAAUAUAGUUGAUCAUUGAUAUUUGUCAUUCAAGCUAACCCAGUCUGACAAAAGUCUGUGGUUCCUAACUAUGACACCAGUAUUGCCAAUAAAAUGUUCCA